GCUUCCUUUAUCUUUGUUAAAGACGGCGCAAAACCAUCCUAUGUUGGUUGAAUUAAAGAAUGGUGAAACCUACAAUGGCCACUUGGUUAGCUGUGACAAUUGGAUGAACAUCAAUCUACGUGAAGUCAUUUGUACUUCUAGGGAUGGUGACAAAUUUUGGAGAAUGCCUGAGUGCUACAUACGUGGUAGCACAAUUAAAUACUUGCGCAUCCCUGAUGAAAUUAUUGAUAUGGUGAAAGAAGAAGUGAUGUCAAAGGGCAGAGGUCGCGGUGGAAUGCAGCAACAGAAGCAGAUGAAAGGAAGAGGAGGUGGUGGAGCUGGACGUGGUGUUUUUGGUGGAAGAGGUAGAGGAAUGCCUGGAAGUGGCAGAGGUGGACCCCAGGAUAAAAAGCCAGGACGGCAAGCUGGGAAACAGUGA